CAAAAACGCUCCGACGAGAGAAGAAAGCACUGGGAAGAAUAUACUUUAUGAUGAAACAGGAAACUUUAUGGACUAAGUAUAUAUAAGUAGCUCACUAGCUGACUAGCUGCCUGACUAACUAAUUGACUAACCAGCCAUCUAACUAACUAACCAACUAACUAUGAGAAUUCAAAUGCUCACUGGAUCUAAUCCUUUGCAAGGGUAAGGGUAUGCGGGUGAUCCUUUGCAAGGGUAAGGGUAUGCAAAUGCGAUUUUGAUUGACGUGAGUAGUGUGAUUGUGAUAGUGAUUUUCUCGCGAUUGUGAUGCGCGGCUACGCAUAGAGCGCGUUAGCAUCUGCGCCACCCCCAGCUAGGUCACAACUGAGGGACUUUUUGGCAUGUUCAGUCCCCUAGUGCAGGGCUUUCGUUUCCCUGUUGGAGGCGUGUGGAAGUAGCUCCGGGCCCUUAUUCUGCUCAAGUGGGAACGCGCUAAGAGUGUCACGGACUCCACUGCUUUGGCCGCGCCUUCCUUGGUGCUUGGCCUUCAGCCUCUACCAAUAGACUAGGCCGCGGCGCAUUUGUGUGAAGGCUUGCCGUAUGCCUCUUCCCUGCUUCAGGGCAAGGGCGUAGCUUUUGGCGCUAGCUCGAAGACCUUUCAUGCCAAAAGAACUAGGUUCUUCAGGUUGAUUACGUGACGGCCUGCUACCGCUGCCGCUGAGGCGCUUCAGCUUGAUUACGUGACGGCCUGCUAUCGCUGCCGCUGCUGCGCUGUGUGUCCUGGGGUGGGUCAUGAGUUGACCGGGAUUCACUUGAGGCACAGGCUGGCUAGGUUGGGGGGCUGAUGGGAAUCCAAAUACUCACUGGGCCCAAUCUGGUGUGAGGUAAGGGACACGUGCCGGGGACGUGAUUGCGAUUUCGAUUGGUGUGAGUGCGUAGCGUGAUUGUGAUAGUGUUUCUUUCUCCCACUCACCCGCGACCAAUUUAAUAAAGAUGGACGGCGACGAGAUCGGGACUCUGGUCGCCAACUAUUCUAUAAAAUUGAUCCAGUUCCAAGAUCCCCGAAAUUUAUGAGAAUCAUGAAACUGCUCCAACUUGUUGAAAACGUUGCACACGAUCAGGGUCACAAGGAUGAGCAACAUGAUCAGCAUGAUGAAAGACAUGAAAGCGAUGCACACGACUAAGAUCAUGCAAAUGACCAGCAUAGGCAUACAGAUGAACAACGAACACGCGCGAAAUGGCAUUCGUUCGCUUCCUUCUUUGCAGGUCGGGCUUUUACAAACAAAGGAACAAGAGUCACACUAAGUGAGUCUAUUUCAAGCCGUACAGAUUCCGUGUUCAUAAACGACGGAGCAAAAAUAACGAACCCCAACGACCCACCAAGACCAACCGGAGCCCGGCGACCUCUUCAACAGGAGAGAAAGAGGCCAACGCCCCCACCCCUCCACCAGCUCCGCGCACCGUGUCAGGAGACAUAUCGAUCAGCUGGGACGAUGAUCCGAAGAAGAAUCUGAAGACACAGGUCGGCCUGUGCCUGUCCAGCGCGGACUCUGAGACAGCACCCACUCGAAGCGGCUGCGAGCGAAGAGCUCAAAGACAAGACGGCGACAGCCUUCAGUGGGUUGAAAUGCCAACCAGUUAACUUCCAAGCUGUCGCCGAUCUUCGUCGCACCCAAAUACUUCCAACUGGUUUGCAAUAAACUUGGCUGAAGUCCAGGCGAUCCACCCGACAGGGAGGAGGCCAACUCCAUUGCUGCCGCCUUUUUGAAUGGUGGCAGGCUCUCUAACAGCGCCCACACCUACCGGGUGAACCUGAAGCGGCUAGGGGUGGCUCAGCUUGGUGCGCUGAACUGCUAGCGGGGUACUGUAAAUGCUUCAAGAUCUUACAACAGCGCGCAAACCCUUGCCGAGGAGAGCCAACACGGGCCAGCUUUUGGAAAACGGCCGGGGAGGUUUCUGGCUUCAUCAAAAUAGCGGGCAAGGCUCACCACGUCAGGGACUGCCUCGGCCCCGCUGCCUGCUCUUGGUUCUUGCUAUCGCGACCGGAUGAGCCUGAGGACCUACCGCGAGAAACCAACGCCGAAAAGUCUAAGAAGAAGGGCGGGGGGGGGUUGGUCAAUGAAAUCAGAGACGCGCCCGACGGAGCUGCCUAGAUUUUUCCUAGCGGCAACAGGACCGGACUCGGGGGCUGUCGUGGCUUAGUCAGCUUCUGGAAAAGAAAAGGGCGGCAAGGCUGCUGGCCCCAUGAACAUAGCGGGCAAGGCUUACCACGUCAGAGACUGCCUUCGCCUCGCUGUCUGCUCUUGGUUCUUGCUAUCUCGGCCAGAUGAGCUCAGGGGCCUCUCCCCUCGCGAGGGAUCAACACUGAGAAGCUUAGGAAAGCAAGGGGGAAGCUGAUCAAGAAAAUUGGCAACGCACCAGACGGAAGGAACUGACUUGCUUGAUCUUGGCGGCACGCAGCAGGACUUGACUUGGGAGCCGUGGCCUUGGGGUUUGCCUCUGCUGUAGUUGUGAGGUCUUUAAGGGGGGCCAGAUCGUGCGCAAUUGUGCGCGGCUCAUUCUUGUGCAGGUGGGAUCGAGCCGUUCCUCGCUUCGCGGGCGUCCCGGCUCUGACUCGCCGCAAGACAUUUAGCCAGGCGCUGGAGUUUAGGGGAAUUGAGAGCCCGAAGGCCAACAAAGCCUGCCGGCGUUGGGGCUUGCAGGGCGUCCGGAUAGGGGGGGGGCGCGGUUUGCGCGCUGUGGUAAGUUGUCAAGAUCCACGGCUUUGGCUGGAAGAGUGAGACGGCCACAAAUCGACACGGGAACACUUGCGACACCAACGCGAAGGAGACGGAGGCAACCCCCGCGGCCCCCUAAAGAGGCGGAGGCAAUCACGCGCGCGCUGUCUUGUGUUCAAAUGCAACGGGCUGCCCAGCUCGGGAGUGCAAAGAUAUGAGCACGCAACGAACUUCCAGGCAGUUAGAAAAACCUUAGAGCAGUUAAAAGCCUGGCGGCCGCAAAGAAAGGAGGGGCCGGAAAGGAUGCCCUUAUGGGGCCGCCACUGGGCAAGGAAGGGGCCGCCAGGGAGGCCAAGGCGUGCCGGUGUGGGUGCGAGUUGUUUCCCUGUGUGUGUUCAGGCGGACGCGCACCCGGGGAGAGUCUUGGGUAAGAUUUGGCUAAAGAAGCAAGGCGGCCCUCUAGGGCCGCAGGGCGGCGCUUGCCCUGAGCCGUUGCGCCCCUGCUUCGCUUCGGGUAGCGUUUUUGCCUUUUUCGUGUCGUGUCGCUGAAGAUGCGUCUGCGAGUGAUUCGGCGGCGGUCUUUGUGUGGCUUUGUCCUUGAACUCUGCGGAGGGUUCGUGGGCGUUGAAUGCUACAGCAGCGGACCAACAAAGACGACUGAAAAAGGCGCCUGGCUUUUUCGGUCGUUAGUUUUUUUCGGUCGGUUCUGCUUUUGGGUGCUUGUUUGGCGGAGUGGCUCGGCCCGUUCGGGGGUGCAGGUCUUAGGGGUCUCGAUUUAGGGAGGUGCACUGCUGAAGGGGGUCAAGGUGGCGGGGGGCUGUCGGUGUUGGGGUUUGGUGCUUCUGGUCUUCUGUGAGUGUGAGCCGCGUCUCCUUGUGAGUGUGAGCCGCGCCACGUGAAUGCGCGUUGCAUCCGAUCCUGCGAGUGCGCGCCGCGUCUUGCGAGUGCGGGCCGCGUGCGUCUUGCGAGCGUCUUGCGAGUGCGGGCCGCGUUUUGUGAGUGUGGGCCGCGCCGUGUGAGUGUGGGCCAUGUCGUGACAGUGUGGCCCGCGCCUUGCGAGUGCGGGCCGCGUCUUGUGGGUGCGAGUGUGAGCCGUGCCCUGCGAGUGUGAGCCGCGUCAUCUUGUGAGCCGCGUGGGCCGCGUCGUGUGGGUGUGAGUGCGUCGCGCCUUGUUAGUGUGGGCCGCGUCUUGCGGGCGCGCGCUGUGUCUUGCGAGUGCGGGCCGCGUCUUGGGAGUGCGAGCCGUGUCGCGUGAGAGUGGGCCGCAUCUUGCGAGUGCGAGCCGCUCCUUGUGAGUGCGAGCCGCGUCUUGUGAUCGCGGGCCGUGUCGUGCGAGGGAGUGCGCGCCGCGUCUUGUGAGUGCGAGCCGCGUCUUGCGAGUGCGAGCCGUGUCGACUCGUGCGAGUGCGAGCCGCGUCUUGUGAGUGCGAGCCGCGUCCUGUGGGUGCGAGCCGCGUCCGUCUUGCGAGUGCAGGCAUCGCUUAGGCUUAGGUAGUGAGUGUGAGGCGCGUCCUGCGAGAGCGCGCCCGCCGUGUCUUGCGAGUGCGAGGGGUGUCGUGUGAGUGAGUGCGGGUCGCGUCGUGCGAGUGCGUAGCCUCGAGCGCUAUGGCAGUGGCACCCGCGCGCCCCAGACAACACCCAGGGCCCGGCCCGUCCCAUAUGUCCACCGCUGCGGCAUCGCGCUCACUGUCACGGAUAGCAUUUGGGGGGCAAGCUCGAGGAGCGUCGUGGCAGCGUCGUCGCAAAGUUUGAGGUGAAGACCCAGGCGCAGCAGGGCACGGCCGGACGGCUCUGGACUCAGGUGCCCCCGGCGCGUCUUUCUUGGUUAACCAGGGACCGGGUGCCAAGAGAAGGGGACCAACGUGCAGCGCGUGCCGCGGGUCUGUCGUGAUUGGCUGGGAGGUUCUUGCGCGUAAUAAAGAGCGCAAGUUCGCACGGUCCGGCUCGCUGGAGCAAGAAAACAGCAGAAAAGUGGCGGCGUUCUGGGCUGUAUAAGCCAACCCCGCAGGAAGUAGCUUGCUGGGUGCUUUAGGUCUGUUAUUGUUAUGCGCGGACAGUGCUGGACCCUUUUGGCAGAAAGUCCAGAAGCUUAUCGCGAUGUAUGAAAGAAGACAAGACAGCCGCCGUUUUGCUGCCUUGUACUUCCCUCGCCAGCACAUGUUGGCCUCGCUUGUUCAGUGCUCGUUCUAGUUCUUCGCCAUCUGUCGAAUAGCAUUCGACACCUGACGCAAAGGGCCCCACCAGGGUCCAGAGUUCAAAGCCAUCGUGGUGCACUCUUUCACUUGCAGAAGAUACCAGACUGACACGCCCCAGCUCGUCAAGAUAAUCCACCACCAACAGACGCCAACAACCAUCACCCAGCCCCAGGCAAUGUGGUUCACAGCGGUGAAGAAAUGGGCCAGGUGGUUGCGUGUAGUGAAAGCGUUGCGGGGCGUUCCUUCUGCCUUCGGGCGCCCGAAUUUAAUAAACACAUAGUACGACAGAAGGGCCGCACAGCUGUGGCGGGGGUGUUAUACUUGAAGAGGCUAGCCGCGUCGCAGCUUCUGUCCCUGCACUCGUGUGCCAGUGAUAAAAGUACGAAGAUGGCCCCGGAGGUGGCUCCCUGGAUGAGGAGGGGGCACGAAGCUAACGGCAAGCAAGUCGCCGCUUUUGAUGAGUGUGCGUGGCUGACGGCUGGUAAGCUAGCACGCUCGCCGCCCCCGCGCCUGAAACUGGUGCCGCGUAUGGCCGGGGCUUCUCCUUUUGUCCAGGUAUAGCGGGGUGGUGUCUUUCCGGCUACUGCCAUGCGCCAGCGCUGCGCGGAUGGACCGGGCGGGAACGCCGUGGCCCACCCGCCACCAAGACCAUCUCAGCAAGGAGCCCCGAAGGAAGUGGAGAGAUUGUCGGCCUUUCGUAGCCUUGUCUGGGUCUUUCGGCUCUGUCUAUGACUGCGUCGGGGUUUCUGAAUGUCGUAGGCCCGUCUUUGUGGUACUCCUAAAACUAGCGGCGCCCGCGUUUGUCGAUGGCGUUCAGUUGCUCCAGCGCUUCGGUGCCUUGCUGUCUAGUGGAACCUUACCAGACUUGUACUCCCCUCCUGGCGGAAGAUGGGGACAAAGCGAGCACAAACAGGAGCCCCAUCGCGUCCAGAAGUGCGCGGGCGCGCUUGGAGUAGCGUACUCAAGGCCCUAACGAAGCGGGCCGCGCUUCUUCCUUUUGGGCGGCCGUCCUUCCUCGCUGCGAAGUUUAGUUUAUAUAUUGCGGCGAGGUCUCGCAACUCGUGUAGAACCUUCGCGCACGUUCUGCCAAACGCGCAACACUGCUGCACAGACAUAAGGGGUCUGGCGCGGUGCUGUGUGUGCGUCCCUCUCGAGAGUGGUUGCGGGGGUGGUGAAAUCGUUUUCGUUAGAUCUAUGGCGCGAGAUAGCCUGCUUCAACAAGUGCGCCAGAAAAUGAGCGGCAGGGAAAUCGCUGGGGGGCGCCCUCGCCUGCUGCUGCAUCUUGCUGAAAAGCAUCGGCAUACCUGACAUGAGGGCAGAAGGAUGCAACGCGCAGAGGGUUCGCGCCUCUUCAGAUGCUGCGGCCACGCGAUGGGCUGCAGGCGGAUGCGUUACGUUACCACGUGGCAAGAUAAGCGCUUCUGCUAUGGCAAUUGCUGUCGGCGCUGGAGUGGGUGAUCGCGGGCACCAGCUAAAGGCAUUAACUGUCCCGCAGUGGGUAGCCGAAUUGCCGCCGGAUAGCAUUUCUGAGGAGAUGAAAGCGGCAGACUACCUCCAAGCCCAUUUCCGCCACACCCCCACGCAGAAAGAUGGAGUGCACCACAUUGACAGGCCCGGCGAUGUAUCUAUACAACUUGGCCAACGGUCCGGCCAAGAACAAACUCGCCCAUAUUGGUGUCGCCAAGAUCUUGCAACAGACCCAGCGUGGGGGUCUGGCUUGCAGGGGAGUGCGCUAUGCGUGGAUGUCCACGCGUCGCGAGUCAGCUGAUAGCCUUGCUUACUAGAUUACGAAAGGCGCAGGCGCUUUAGGAAAAACGCCCACAAAUUACUCGGGGGCAACUUGGUGGCCCCGCCGUCCUAUGCUGGGACGAGUGGAAGAACAUCAGGGACGAGUUGGCAAAGUUUCUAGUUGCAUAAAAACACGCGGGGCCGUGGGGUCGCCUUUCCUACAUUGUGGGACUGCUGUGCAGAUAGUGCCCUACCUGGAGCUCCCUAGAGCUGCCCCCCCCUGCUGUGAAGUGUAGCACCUCCACGCGCUUCGGGUCUUUAUUCUUCUCAAAUAGUAAUAAAUGAGAUAAGAGGUGUGCUAAGGGCUCGACGGCUACUGCUUUGGCCACUCCUCCCCUGGUGCUUGGCUUUCAGCCUCAGCCAAUAGAUAUGACCGUGGCUUAUUUGUGUCAAGGGUAGUCCUCGUAGCCCUCUUGCCUGCAUUAGACCAAGAGGGGGCUUAGCCCUUGGGGCUGGCUCGGAAAUGUUUCAACUCAUGCCAAAGGGUUUAGGUGCUUCAGGCUGAUCUGCGACGGCUUACUAUCGCUGCUGCUGCUGCGCUGUGUGUUCUGGGAAUCAUGAGGAGACUUGGGCUUCCUUAAGUCACAGGCUGGCCAGGUUUGAGGGGUUAGAGUAACUAAGUAACACACUUAACGACUGGCUGAGUCACACACCACCGAACUAAGUGCGUGGGACUUUGUUUUAGUGGUAAUAGUUUUUGAGCAAUACUUAAGUUUUGGGUAAGAAAUCGUCAGAGAAAGCUUAGGCAACUUGCCGAAUAGAUGCACAUCGUCAAGGGUCUCCGGAGUUCUAAGCCUGAAGCGGGUGCUGGAGACGACCUCUCAAGCAGGAAGCGGGAAGCAGCACUCGUCUUUCUUGCAAAGCGGUUCAGGAGGCAGCAGUACAGUAAGGGCAAUGCUUGAAGGAGGUAGAGACAAAGGGACGGCAAGCGCAAUGCCCGAAAGUGGCAACUACACC